AUGGCUGAGCCAAAGAAAUGGGUCAUGUUGGAGAACAACCCCGAGGUGAUGAACCAGCUAGCGUCCAAACUCGGCCUCUCACCCGACCUAGCCUUCCACGACGUCUGGUCGCUCGACGAUCCAUCCCUCCUCUCCCUCAUCCCCCGCCCCGCCCUGGCCCUCCUAGUCAUCAUGCCGAAGACGCCAGCCUGGGACGCCGACCGCCGCGCCCAGGCCGCAUCCAUGGAUGACUAUGCCGGCGCCGGCCCCGACGAGCCCGUCAUCUGGUUCAAGCAGACCAUCGGCAACGCCUGCGGCUCCAUCGGCCUCCUGCACUGCGCCAUCAAUGGGCCGGCCGCGUCGCACAUCGCGCCGGGCUCGGACCUGGACCGCAUCCGCCGCGCCGCGAUCCCGCUGCACCAGAAGGAACGCGCGCAGAUGCUGUACGAUGACGCGGGCUUUGAGGCGGCGCACAAGGCGUGUGAGCGCAUUGGCGAUACGGCGCCCACGAGUGAGGGCCACAAUGGGCAGCACUUUGUCGCGUUUGUCAAGGUCGACGGCAGGCUGUGGGAGCUGGAGGGUGAUAGGAAGGGGCCGAUGGAUCGGGGCGCGCUGGCCGAUGACGAGGAUGUUUUGAGCCCGCGGGCACUGGAGCUAGGGUUCAAGCGCGUCAUCAAGCUGGAGCAGGAUGCUGGUGGGGAGGACUUACGGUUUAGCUGUAUUGCGUUGGCCCGGAAGACGUGA